AUGCCUUGGUUCUCUCAUGCUACUCCCAAGGUUGACUUCGACGAGUCCACUCUCACUGCUUUGGAUAACCAUGUUCAGGGUGCCGGUACUGAUGUUGUCAACGCUAAGGCUGGUGCUGGAUCUGCCACCCUUGCCAUGGCCUAUGCAGCCGCCGAGUUCGUCGAGGUUGUCAUUCGUGGCAUGCACGGUGAACAAGCUAGCGCUUCCACUUUCUUCAACGAGCCUUACGGUGAUGUUCAAUACUUCUCUUACUUGUGCGACUUCGGACCUGAAGGCGUCUCCAAGAUUCAUCCCAUUGAGGGCUUGAGCGAACACGAGGCCGGCAGGCUCCAGGAAGUCAUCACUAAGCUGAAGGUUGAUGUUCAGAGGGGCAUUGACUUUGCCAACAAGCAGGAGUAA